AUGGCUGAAGUGCCAGAAAUGACGCAAGCGAUCGACGUGCGCGCGCCGAAAGCCGACACCGACGCGCCGCAACACCAAAAAGUUCCCGGCACCGAAAACACGACAGAAGCCGAAGCGCAAACGCAACAGGACCUGCCCUCCACCACCAUAACACCCGAAGCCAGCCCACAACCGACACGCCAACGGACACCAGCGCAGCGGAAACGCGAUCGCAAGAAGGGCGUCAAUCGCCGCAACAACAAAAACCUACUCCCUCCGGCCGCCGAAGACGACGACGACGCAUCGUCCUCGAUCACCGAAGAGGGCUCCUCCUGCUCCUCCUCCACCCGCUCCUCCACACCCGUACCCGAGACCACUACUAGCAUAACAACAACAACAACACAAAUCCCCCCCUCAAUGCCGCCACCAAAGGUCUCGGCGGCGGCGGCGAAGCGUGCGGCGGCAGCGGCGGCGGCAAAGGGCAAGAUCGUGCCGCUCUUCAUCGCGUCCAUCGGCAACCCGGCGCCGACGUACGCGCACACGCUGCACUCGGCGGGCCACACGCUGCUGGACGCGGUGCGCGACGUGCGCCACUUCCCGGCGUGGCAGAAGGACCGCUUCUACGGCAACGGCCUGGUCAGCCGCCAGGCCGAGGCGGGCGUGAACGCGAACUUUUCGUGGUUGCCCGGAAUCAUCGGUGGCGGUGCGAAGAAGGGUGGUGGUGGUGGGGUGGGGGAAGAAGGGGAGGAGGCGUGGACCCUGUGGCAGAGCCCGAGCUUGAUGAAUGUGAGCGGCAAGGCGCUGGGGCAGGCGUGGGGCAGGUGGAAGAAGGAGAAUAAGGAUGGGGAGUUGGUCGUCGUGCAUGAUGAGCUGGAAAAGCCGUUGGGGAAGGUCGUGGUGAGGAAGGGUGGCAGCGCGAGGGGGCAUAAUGGGCUGAAGAGCAUUGCGGCGCAGCUUCCGAAUAUGCCGUAUGUGAGGAUUGGUGUGGGCAUCGGUCGCCCUGAGAGCAGGGAGCCGGAUGUCGUGGCGAAGUAUGUCUUGAGGAAAAUGACGCCGCAUGAGAGGUCACAGGUGGAGGGGUGUGCGGAUGAGGUGAUUAGGAAGUUGUGGGAUGUGCAGGAGGGAAAGGUAUGA